AUGGAUGGGAACCACUCUGCCAAGUGCAUUGAUGGUUCCAGCUCAACGGAUCCCCAAGAUUUUCGGAGCGACUAUUUCAUUCACAAUGAUGUGGUUGAACAAUUCAGGGACGACGUCGGGAACUGCCCCAGUGAACGAAGCGCCAAUCCAAACCCUAGCUGCAUGGACAACUGGACCGCUGCAAAGACUUACGAAGAGGACAAGAUCCUCGUGUUUGAGCAAACCAGUAUAUUUCUUAUGGCCUGUUGCCACGGUUUUGUGGAGUAUAUCAUUGAAAUGAAGCGCAGUGGCGAGCUUGUGAAGUAUGGCCUUGCUGCAAUCAACAAGAUGCUUGAUGUUUAUCAGAAAGACCAAGCCCUUGGCCAUGACAUCGGCUGUUCGUCACACAAGACAGUCGCCGCCAGUUCCAUUGGCGCCAAGGCAGACGAGCACAACCUUAUCAUCGCGGUAUCGUCUCCUACAGCGGUCAACACAUUCCACGGGUAUGCUCACAACCAUCCAUGUUGGUUCCUGCACAAUAACUAUAUUCAAGCACUUCGUAUAAUCAAUGAUUUCACCCCGCUACUGGACGACUUCAAACGACACCAAUCAUUAACAGAUGAAGACUUCGUCCGCUGGAAGCAUGAGGAGUCGGAGUUCCUGGCUAACCUUGCCCGCGAGCCACCAGCUGACGUGUUUGUGGUGACAUAUGUGGAAGAACUCGAAAAACUACAAUCUAUCGAGGCAAAGUACAGCAGCAUUACAAGUGUCCCUUUCCUUAUGUACACCCCAGCAAACUUUACGGCGUCAUCUGGCCUCAAUCACCGUCAUGGAAUCAGCAAACGCUGGAUGCUGUCAGACCCUCAUUAUGAGCAAGCGCUAGAAUACUCUGGUCAACGGCGCUUCAUUCGUGUAGUCGAGGAACUAGAAGCAUUGGUCAUACAACACUUGUUCGAGUUGUCAAAGGCAAAUCUUUCCAGCACAGCGCUUGACAGAUAUAACAAGCUGGCGCCUCUGCAAGUCCUGCCUCGACCAAUACUUGAGUAUACCGAAGUUGUUGGGUAUGCGGCCUUGGGAGAAUUCAUGCUCCUGAAGUACUCACGUCAUGACCUACUCGCGAAACUGUGGGCUAUACCACAGAAUCGCGAGAUGGCGGUGAAGUUUUUUAAAGUGCUAUGUGCACACAAAGAGAUACCGUGCUUGAACAUUGAGAUAGGGAGACUUCACGCUUGGAUGGAGUUCGAGGACAAAAGCAUAGUCUCCGCAAUAGCUGCACUGAAUGACCAAGCCUCGCCCCUCCUAGUGUCUGAGCUGCAGAGCCAACAUGCUGCACGGCGCCUUGUUAAUAACAUUCACCAUACUCGCCUACAGAAAGUCUGCCUAUUGGAUGGUUAUACUGGUGCGCUGCAUUCAACAAUCUUGUCGCGGGAGUUGACAGAGCUGGAUGAUGAAGAGGAGGAAGAUGAAGAUGAGUGUAGUGACGAGGUGCAUGAAGAGGCUACAAGACUCGCAGAUGCUGUGGCUCGUAUGUAG